GCUGGUCCAGGUGAGAGGAAGGAGGGAAGGAAGGAAGGAAGGAGGGAAGAAAGAAAGAGGGACAAAGGAAGGAGGGAGAGAGGAAGGAAGGAACCAGAGCAGGGAAGAAGAAGGAAGGAAGGAAAGGGAGGAAAGAGUGAACGAAGUGAACCAGUUUGCCGGGAAGCUGGUCCAGGUGAGAGGAAGGAAGGAAGGAAGGAAGAAAGAGGGACAAAGGAAGGAGGGAAGGAAUUAAGGAGGGAGAGAGGGAGGAAGGAAGGAAGAAAAGGGAGGAAGGAAGGAAGGAAGGAAGGAAAGGGAGGAAGAAAGGAAGGAAGUGAACCAGUUUGCCGGGAAGCUGGUCCAGGUGAGAGGAAGGAAGGAAGGAAGGAAGGAAGGAGGGAGGGAAGAAAGAAAGAGGGACAAAGGAAGGAAGGAAGGAAGGAAGGAAGGAGGGAGGGAAGAAAGAAAGAGGGACAAAGGAAGGAGGGAGAAAGGAAGGAGGGAAGGAAUUAAGGAGGGAGAAAGGGAGGGAGGAAGGAAGAAAAGGGAGGAAGGAAGGAAGGAAGAAAAGGGAGGAAGGAAGGAAGGAAGUGAGCCAGUUUGCCGGGAAGCUGGUCCAGGUGAGAGGAAGGAAGGAAGAAACAAAGAGGGACAAAGGAAGGAGGGAAGGAAUUAAGGAGGGAGAGAGGAAGGAAGGAAGGGAGGAAGGAAGGAAGGAGGGAGGGAGGGAGGAAGGAAGGAAGGAAGGAAGGAAGGGAACCAGUUUGCCGGGAAGCUGGUCCAGGUGAGAGGAAGGAAGGAAGGGGGGAGGGAGGGAGGAAAGGGAGGAAGGAGGGAGGGAGGGAGGGGGGAGGGAGGGAGGAAGGUAAAAAAAGAAAGAAAGAUUAAGGAAAGAAAGAAGGGGGAGGAAAAAGGAAGGAAACAGAAGGAAGGGAGGAGGGAAGGAAGAAAGAGGGACAAAGGAAGGAGGAACAAAGGAAAGAGGGAAGGAAGGAAUUAAGCAGGGAGAGAGGAAGGAAGGAGGGAGGAAGUGAACCAGUUUGCCGGGAAGCUGGUCCAGGUGAGAGGAAGGAAGGAAGGAAACAGGAGUAGGGAAGGAAGGAAGGUAAAAAAGAAAGAUUAAGGAAAGAAAGAAGGAAGGGGGAGGAAAAAGGAAGGAAACAGAGAAGGAAGGGAGGGAGGGAGGAAGUGAACCAGUUUGCCGGGAAGCUGGUCCAGGUGAGAGGAAGGAAGGAAGGAAGGAAGGAAGGAAGGAAGGAGAGAGGAAGGAAGAAACCAGAGCAGGGAAGAAGGAAGGAGGGAAGGAAAGGAAAGGGAGGAAAGAGUGAACAAAGUGAACCAGUUUGCCGGGAAGCUGGUCCAGGUGAGAGGAAGGAAGGAAGGAAGGAAGGAAGGAAGGAGCGAGCGAAGGAAGAAAGAUAGAGGGACAAAGGAAGGAGGGAAGGAAGGAAUUAAGGAGGGAGAGAGGAGGGAGGGAGGGAGAGAGGAAGGAAGGAAGUGAUCCAGUUUGCCGGGAAGCUGGUCCAGGUGAGAGGAAGGAAGGAAGGAAGGAAGGAAGGAAGGAAGGAGGGAAGAAAGAAAGAGGGACAAAGGAAGGAGGAAGAAAGGAAGGAGGGAAGGAAUUAAGGAGGGAGAGAGGGAGGAAGGAGGGAGGGAGGGAGGAAGGAAGGAAGGAAGGAAGUGAACCAGUUUGCCGGGAAGCUGGUCCAGGUGAGAGGAAGGAAGGAAGGAAGGAAGGAGGGAGGGAAGGAGGAAAGAAAGAGGGACAAAGGAAGGAGGGAAGGAAGGAGUUAAGGAGGGAGAGAGGAAGGAAGGAAGUGAACCAGUUUGCCAGGAAGCUGGUUCAGGUAAGAGGAAGGAAGGAAGGAGGGAGGGAGGAAGGAGGAAGGAAGGAGGGAAGGAAGGAAGGAAGGAAGGAAGGAGGAAGGGAAGAAAGAAAGAGGGACAAGAAAGAGGGACAAAGGAAGGAGGGAGAGAGGAAGGAAGGAACCAGAGCAGGGAAGAAGAAGGAGGGAAGGAAAGGGAGGAAAGAGUGAACGAAGUGAACCAGUUUGCCGGGAAACUGGUCCAGGUGAGAGGAAGGAAGGAAGGAAGGAAGGAGGGAGGGAGGGAGGGAAGAAAGAAAGAGGGGCAAAGGAAGGAGGAAGAAAGGAAGGAGGGAAGGAAGGAAUUAAGGAGGGCGGGAAGGAAGGGAGGAGGGAGGGAAGGAAGGAAGGAGGGAAGAAAGAAAGAGGGACAAAGGAAGGAGGGAAGGAAGGAAUUAAGGAAGGAGAGAGGAAGGAAGUGAACCAGUUUGCCGGGAGCUGGUCCAGGUAAGAGGAAGGAAGGAAGGAGAGAGGAAAGAAGCAGGAAAGGAGGGAGGGAAGGAAGGAGGGAGGGAAGGAAGGAAGAAAGGAGGAAGGAAGGAAGGAAGGAAGGAAGGAAGGAAACAGGAGCAGGGAAGGAAGGAAGGUAAAAAAGAAAGAAAGAUUGAGGAAAGAAAGAAGGAAGGAGGAGGAAAAAGGAAGGAAACAGAGAAGGGAGGGAGGGAGGAAGGAAGUGAACCUGUUUGCCGGGAAGCUGGUCCAGGUGAGAGGAAGGAGGGAAGGAAGGAAGGAAGGAGGGAGGAAGGGAAGAAAGAAAGGGACAAGAAAGAGGGACAAAGGAAGGAGGGAGAGAGGAAGGAAGGAACCAGAGCAGGGAAGAAGAAGGAAGGGAGGAAAGAGUGAACGAAGUGAACCAGUUUGCCGGGAAGCUGGUCCAGGUGAGAGGAAGGAGGGAAGGAAGGAGGGAAGGAAGCAAUUAAGGAGGGAAAGAGGAAGGAAGGAGGGAGGGAGAGAAGAAGGAAGGAAGUGAUCCAGUUUGCCGGGAAGCUGGUUCAGGUGAGAGGAAGGAAGGAAGGAAGGAAGGAAGGAAGGAGGGAGGGAGGGAGGGAAGAAAGAAAGAGGGACAAAGGGAGGAGGGAGAAAGGAAGGAGGGAAGGAAUUAAGGAGGGAGGAAGGAAGGAAGAAAAGGGAGGGAGGGAGGGAGGGAGGAAGGAAGGAAGGAAGGAAAGGGAGGAAGAAAGGAAGGAAGUGAACCAGUUUGCCGGGAAGCUGGUCCAAGUGAGAGGAAGGAAGGAAGGAAACAGGAGCAGGGAAGGAAGGAAGGUAAAAAAGAAAGAAAGCUUAAGGAAAGAAAGAAGGAAGGGGGAGGAAAAAGGAAGGAAACAGAGAAGGAAGGGAGGAGGGAGGGAGGGAGGGAGGGAGGGAGGAAGGAAGUGAACCAGUUUGCCGGGAAGCUGGUCCAGGUGAGAGGAAGGAAGGAGGGAGGGAGGGAAGAAAUAAAGAGGGACAAAGGAAGGAGGGAAGGAAGGAAUUAAGGAGGGAGAGAGGAAGGAAGGAGAGAGGGAGGGAGAGAGGAAGGAAGGAAGUGAACCAGUUUGCCGGGAAGCUGGUCCAGGUGAGAGGAAGGAAGGAAGGAAGGAAGGAGGGAGGGAGGGAAGAAAGAAAGAGGGACAAAGGAAGGAGGGAAGGAAUUAAGGAGGGAGAGAGGAAGGAAGGAAGAAGGGAGGGAGGGAGGGAGGGAGGGAGAGAGGAAGGAAGGAAGUGAUCCAGUUUGCCGGGAAGCUGGUUCAGGUGAGAGGAAGGAAGGAAGGAAGGAGGGAGGGAAGAAAGAAAGAAGGACAAAGGAAGGAGGGAAGGACUUAAGGAGGGAGAGAGGAAGGAAGGAGGGAGGGAGGGAGGAAGGGAGGAAGGAAGGAAGGAAGGAGGGAGGGAAGAAAGAAAGAGGGACAAAGGAAGGAGGGAAGGAAGGAAUUAAGGAGGGAGAGAGGAAGGAAGGAGGGAGGGAGGGAGGGAGGAAGGAAGGAAGGAAGGAAGGAAGGAAGGAAGGAGGAAGGAAGGAAAGAAAGGGAGGAAAGAGUGAACGAAGUGAACCAGAUUGCAGGGAAGCUGGUCCAGGUGAGAGGAAGGAAGGAAGGAAGGAGGGAGGGAAGAAAGAAAGAAAGAGGGACAAAGGAAGGAGGGAAGGAAUUAAGGAGGGAGAGAGGAAGGAAGGAGGGAGGGAGGAAGGAAGGAGGGAGGGAGGGAGGAAGGAAGGAAGGAAGGAAGGAAAGGGAGGAAAAAGUGAACGAAGUGAACCAGUUUGUCGGGAAGCUGGUUCAGGUAAGAGGAAGGAAGGAAGGAAGGAGGGAGGGAGGGAAGAAAGAAAGAGGGACAAAGGAAGGAGGGAAGGAAGGAAUUAAGGAGGGAGAGAGGAAGGAAGGAGGGAGGGAGGGAGGGAGAGAGGAAGGAAGGAAGUGAUCCAGUUUGCCAGGAAGCUGGUUCUGGUGAGAGGAAGGAAGGAAGGAAGGAGGGAGGGAAGAAAGAGGGACAAAGGAAGGAGGGAAGGAAGGAAUUAAGGAGGGAGAGAGGAAGGAAGGAAGUGAACCAGUUUGCCGGGAAACUGGUCCAGGUAAGAGGAAGGAAGGAAGGAAGGAAGGAGGGAGGGAGGGAGGGAAGAAAGAAAGAGGGACAAAGGAAGGAGGGAAGGAAGGAAUUAAGGAGGGUGAGAGGAAGGAAGGAGGGAGGGAGGGAGGGAGGAAGAAAAGGGAGGGAGGGAACCUGAUCCAGGUAAAAGGAAGGAAGAAGGAAGGAGGGAGAGAGGAAGGAGGGAAAGAGGGAGGGAGGAAAGGAAAGGAGGGAGAAGGAAAGAGAGAGGGAGGAAAGGAAGGAAGGAGAGAAAGGAGGAGGGAAGGAAGGAGGGAAGGAAGGAAGGAAGGAGAGAGGGAGGGAAGGAGGGAAGGAAGGAAGAAAGGAAAGGAGGGAGGGAGGGAAGCAGGAAGGAAGAAGAGAGGGAGGAAGGAAGGAAGGAGGGAGGGAGAAAGGAAGGAAGGAAGGAAGGAGAGGGAAGGAGGAAGGAAGGAGAGAGGGACGAAAGGAGGAAGGAAGGAAGGAAGAAAAGGGAGGGAGGGAGGGAGGGAGGGAAGGAAGGAAGGAAGGAAGGAAGGAAGGAAGGAAGGAAGGAAGGAGUAAAGGAAGGAAGGAGGGAGGGAGAGAGGGAGGAAAGAAGGAGGGAAGGAAGGAAGAAAAGGAAAGGAGGGAGGGAAGCAGGAAGGAAGAAGAGAGGGAGGAAAGGAAGGAAGGAGAGAGGGAGGAGGGAGAAAGGAAGGAAGGAGAGGGGAAGAGUGGAAGGAAGGAGAGAGAGGAGAAAGGGAGGAAGGAAGGAGAGGGAGAAAGGGAGGGAGGAAGGAAGGAAGGAAAGAGGGAGGGAGGGAGGGAAGGAAGUCAACAAAACGAACCCAUUUGCCGUCAAACCGACCCCUUAAUUCGCAUUUAUUGGGGCGAAAAUAAAUGGAUUAACGAUCGGAUUUGAGAGCGGUUCCCAUCUCACCCUGUCGCUCCCUUUCUCCAGGAGCAGCACCCGGAAGAGGAAGUGAUCCGCUCCCAAACAGGAAGAGGUCAACGCUUCCUGGCAGCGACUGAAGGGAUUGGCUCUCCAGAGACAGGGGAAACUUUUUGGGGCGGCCGAAGUCCAGCGCUUCAACAGGUGGCCGGUUUUUCCUUAUUUUAUUUUAUUUUAUUUAUUUUAUUUUAUUUUAUUUUAUUUUUUAUUUUAUUUUAUUUAUUUUAUUUUAUUUUAUUUUAUUCUAUUCUAUUCUAUUCUAUUCUAUUCUAUUCUAAUUUCCUUACAUAUUAUUUUCCUUUUUCAUUUCAUUUCGUUUCAUUUCAAUUGAUUUCAUUUCAUUUAAAUUACAUGAAAUGAAAUGAAAUAAAUUGAAAUGAAUUGAAAUGAAAUGAAAAAAGGAAAAUAAUAUGUAAGGAAAUUAGAUUUAAAUUACAUGAAAUGAAAUGAAAUGAAAUAAAUUGAAACGAAAUGAAAUGAAUUUAAAUGAAAUGAAAUGAAAUGAAAAAAGGAAAAUAAUAUGUAAGGAAAUUAGAUUUAAAUUACAUGAAAUGAAAUGAAAUAAAUUGAAAUGAAAUGAAAUGAAAUAAAUUUAAAUGAAAUGAAAUGAAAAAAGGAAAAUAAUAUGUAAGGAAAUAAUAGAAUAAUAGAAUAGAAUUCAUUUAAUUUCAUUUAAAUUCAUUUCAUUUCAUUUUGAAUUCGAUUUCAUUUAAUUUUGAAUUUCAUUUUCGUUCCAUUUAUUUCCUUUUCUCCUAUUCCAUUUUCUUUCAUGUUAUUUUUUGCUAUUUAUAUUCUAUUUUAAUUUUGUUCUAUUUCAUUGCAUAUUAUUUUCCUUUUUUAAUUUUAUUUAAAUUAAAUUCAUUUAAUUUAAUUUAAUUUAAAUUCAUUUAAUUCAAUUUAAUUUAAAUUCAUUUCAUUUCAAUUCAUUUAAUUUAAUUUAAAUUCAUUUAAUUUAAAUUCAUUUCAUUUGAAUUCAAUUUCAUUUAAAUUUCGAAUUUCAUUUUAUUUUAUUUCCUUUUAUCCCAUUCCAUUUUCUUUCAUAUUAUUUUUUUCUAUUUCUAUUCUAUUUUAAUUUCAUCCUGUUUCAUUACAUAUUAUUUUCCUUUUUUAAUUUAAUUUAAAUUCAAUUCAUUUAAUUUAAUUUAAUUUAAUUUAAUUUAAUUCAAUUUAAUUUACAUUCAAUUCAUUUAAUUUAAUUUAAAUUCAUUUUAUUUAAAUUCAUUUCAUUUAAAUUUCAUUUUAUUUCAUUUCAUUUUGAAUUCAAUUUCAUUUAAAUUUUGAAUUUCAUUUUAAUUUAUUUCCUUUUAUCCCAUUCCAUUUUCUUUCAUAUUAUUUUUUCUGUUUAUAUUCUAUUUUAAUUUUAUCCUGUUUCAUUACAUAUUAUUUUCAUUUUUUAAUUUCAUUUAAAUUUGAUUUAAUUUUAAUUUUGAAUUUCAUUUUAAUUUAUUUCCUUUUAUCCCAUUCCAUUUUCUUUCAUAUUAUUUUUUUCUAUUUCUAUUCUCUUUUAAUUUUAUCCUGUUUCAUUACAUAUUAUUUUCAUUUUUUAAUUUCAUUUAAAUUUGAUUUAAUUUUAAUUUUGAAUUUCAUUUUAUUUAAUUUCCUUUUAUCCCAUUCCAUUUUCUUUCAUAUUAUUUUUUUCUAUUUCUAUUCUAUUUCAAUUUUAUCCUAUUUCAUUACAUAUUAUUUUCCUUUUUUAAUUUCAUUUAAAUUUGAUUUAAUUUUAAUUUUGAAUUUCAUUUUAAUUUAUUUCCUUUUAUCCCAUUCCAUUUUCUUUCAUAUUAUUUUUUUCUGUUUAUAUUCUAUUUUAAUAUCCUAUUUCAUUACAUAUUAUUUUCCUUUUUAAAUUUCAGUUAAAUUUGAUUUAAUUUUAAUUUUAAUUUUGGAUUUCAUUUCAUUUAAAUUUGAUUUCAUUUUAAUUUUGAAUUUCAUUUCAUUUUUAAUUCAAUUUAAUUUUUUAAAAAUUAUUAUUAUUAUUAUUAUUCUUAUUCUUAUUUAUUCUAUUCUAUCCCGUUUCAUUUUAUCCCGCAGAGACGUCGACGAAACGAUCAGCUGGAUCAAGGAGAAGGAGCAGCUCAUGGCGUCCGACGAUUUCGGACGGGAUCUAGCCAGCGUCCAGGCUCUCCUGCGCAAACACGAGGGGCUGGAGAGGGAUCUGGCCGCCCUGGAGGACAAGGUGGGCGGGGCCGGCGGGCGAUUGGACCAAUCGGGAACGAGGGCGGGGCUAGGGGGCGGUUGGACCAAUCGGGGACGAGGGCGGGGCUAGGGGGCGGUUGGACCAAUCGGGAACAAGGGCGGGGCUAGGGAGCGGUUGGACCCAUCGGGAACAAGGGCGGGGCUAGGGGCGGUUGGACGAAUCGGGGACGAGGGCGGGGUUAGGGGGCGGUUGGACCAAUCGAGAACAAGGGCGGGGCUAGGGGCGGUUGGACGAGGGCGGGGUUAGGGGGCGGUUGGACCAAUCGGGAACAAGGGGGGGCUAGGAAGGAAGGAAGGAGGGAGGGAAGGAGGCAGAAGGAAGGAAGGAAGGAAAGAGAGCGGGAGGGAGGGAAGGAAGGAAGGAGGGAGGGAGAGAAGAAAGGAGGAAGGGAGGGAAGGAGGAAGGAAGGAAGGAGAGAGGGAGGGAGGAAGGAAGGAAAGAAAAAGGAUCAAGGAAGGAAGGAAUGAGAGGGAAGGAGGGAGACGGAAGGAAGGAAGGAAAGAGGGAAGGAAGGAAGGAGAGAGGAGAGGAGGGAAGGAAGAAAGAAGGAGAGAGGGAGGGAGGGAAGGAGGCAGAAGGAAGGAAGGAAAGGAGGGAGGGAGAGAAGGAAGGAGGGAAGGAGGAAGGAAGGAGAGAGGGAGGGAGGGAGGGAAGGAGGCAGAAGGAAGGAAGGAAGGAGAGGGAGGGAGGGGGAAGAAAGGUAGAAGGAAGCAAGGAAGGAAGGGAAGAAGGGAGGGAAAGAGGGAGGAAGGAAGGAAGGAAGGAGGGAGGAAGGAAGGAAGGAGAGUGGGAAGGAAGGAAGGAGAGAGGGAGGGAAGGAAGGAAGGAGAGAGGAAGGAAGGAAGGAAGGAGACGGAGGGAAGGAAGGGAAGGAGGAAGGAAGGGGGGGAAAGAAGGGAUCUGGCCAGCGUCCAGGCUCUCCUGCGCAAACACGAGGGGCUGGAGAGGGAUCUGGCCGCCCUGGAGGACAAGGUGGGCGGGGCCGGCGGGCGAUUGGACCAAUCGGGAACGAGGGCGGGGCUAGGAAGGAAGGAGGGAGGGAGGGAGGACAAGGUGGGCGGGGCCGGCGGGCGAUUGGACCAAUCGGGAACGAGGGCGGGGCUAGGAAGGAGGGAGGGAGGACAAGGUGGGCGGGGCCGGCGGGCGAUUGGACCAAUCAGGAACGAGGGCGGGGCUAGGAAGGAGGGAGGGAGGACAAGGUGGGCGGAGCCGGCGGGCGAUUGGACCAAUCGGGGAUGAGGGCGGGGCUAGGAAGGAGGGAGGGAGGACAAGGUGGGCGGAGCCGGCGGGCGAUUGGACCAAUCGGGAACGAGGGUGGGGCUAGGAAGGAGGGAGGGAGGGAGGACAAGGUGGGCGGAGCCGGCGGGCGAUUGGACCAAUCGGGAACGAGGGCGGGGCUAGGAAGGAAGGAGGGAGGGAGGGAGGACAAGGUGGGCGGAGCCGGCGGGCGAUUGGAACAAUCGGGAACGAGGGCGGGGCUAGGAAGGAGGGAGGGAGGACAAGGUGGGCGGAGCCGGCGGGCGAUUGGACCAAUCGGGAACGAGGGCGGGGCUAGGGGGCGGUUGGACCAAUCGGGGACGAGGGCGGGGCUAGGGGGCGGUUGGACCAAUCGGGAACAAGGGCGGGGCUAGGGAGCGGUUGGACCCAUCGGGAACAAGGGCGGGGCUAGGGGGCGGUUGGACCAAUCGAGAACAAGGGCGGGGCUAGGGGCGGUUGGACGAAUUGGGGACGAGGGCGGGGCUAGGGGGCGGUUGGACCAAUCGGGGACAAGGGCGGGGCUAGGGGGCGGUUGGACCAAUCGGGAACAAGGGGGGGCUAGGAAGGAAGGAAGGAGGGAGGGAAGGAGGCAGAAGGAAGGAAGGAAGGAAAGAGAGCGGGAGGGAGGGAAGGAAGGAAGGAGGGAGGGAGAGAAGAAAGGAGGAAGGGAGGGAAGGAGGAAGGAAGGAAGGAGAGAGGGAGGGAGGAAGGAAGGAAGGAAAGAAAAAGGAUCAAGGAAGGAAGGAAUGAGAGGGAAGGAGGGAGACGGAAGGAAGGAAGGAAAGAGGGAAGGAAGGAAGGAGAGAGGAGAGGAGGGAAGGAAGAAAGAAGGAGAGAGGGAGGGAGGGAAGGAGGCAGAAGGAAGGAAGGAGAGUGGGAGGGAGGGAGGGAAGGAAGGAAGGAAAGGAGGGAGGGAGAGAAGGAGGGAGGGAGGGAAGGAGGAAAGAAGGAGAGAGGGAGGGAAGGAGGAAGGAAGGAAGGAAAGAAAAAGGAUCAAGGAAGGAAGGAAUGAGAGGGAAGGAGGGAGAUGGAAGGAAGGAAGGGGAGAGGGAAGGAAGGAAGGAGAGAGGAGAGGAGGGAAGGAAGAAAGAAAGGAGAGAGGGAGGGAGGGAAGGAGGCGGAAGGAAGGAGAGUGGGAGGGAGGGAGGGAAGGAAGGAAGGAAGGAAGGAAAGGAGGGAGGGAGAGAAGGAAGGAGGGAGGGAGGGAAGGAGGAAGGAAGGAGAGAGGGAGGGAGGGAGGGAGGAAGGAAGGAAGGAAAGAAAAAGGAUCAAGGAAGGAAGGAAUGAGAGGGAAGGAGGGAGACGGAAGGAAGGAAGGAGAGAGGGAAGGAAGGAAGAGAGGAGAGGAGGGAAGGAAGUAAGAAGGAGAGAGGGAGGGAGGGAAGGAGGCAGAAGGAAGGAAGGAAGGAAGGAAGGAAGGAGAGUGGGAGGGAGGGAAGGAGGAAGGAAGGAGAGAGGGAAGGAAGGAAGGAAGGAAGGAAGGAAAGGAGGGAGGGAGGAGGAAGGAGGGAGGAGGGAGGGAGGAAGGAAAGAAAAAGGAUAUAUACACACAUCCAAUAUAAUAUUGUAAUUAUAUAUAUAUAUAUACACACAGACAAUAUAAUAUAAUAUUGUGUGUGUGUAUAUAUAUAUAUAUAUAUAUAUAUGUGUGUAUAUAUAUAUAUAUAUAUAAUAUAUAUAUAUAUAUAUAUAAUAUAUAUAUAUGAUUCUAUAAAAACGUAUGCAAAGAACAUUUUCCUUUUAUUAUUCCCUAACAUGAAAUGUUGAUAUUUGCGAGAACCGGCUUCCGUCGCCUCCGUCUCUCCCCUUUGAAUCCCUCUUCGUAUUUCCGUCAUAUUCAUUAAUUAAUCACUUAAUUAAUCCGCCUCCAGGUCAAGGCAUUGGGCGCUGAAUCCGACCGCCUCCAGCAGUCCCACCCCCAACGCCCCCAGAUCCACGUCAAGCGGGAGGAGCUGGUGGCCAACUGGGAGCAGAUUCGCACCCGGGCCGCCGAGAGGCACGCCCACCUCAACGACUCCUACCGGUGAGGGGGCGGCCCGUUUUCUACACUCCUUUUCCGACUUGGCAGAAAUCUUUUUUUCUUUUAAUUAAUUAUUUCUUAAUUUUUUUUUAAAUUUUUUAUUAUUUUUUUAAUUUAAUUUAAAUUUAAUUUAAUUUAAUUAAUUUUUUGUUUUUUGUUUUUUUAAUUUAAUUUCAAUUUUUUAUUUUAUUUAAUUAUUUUAUUUUAUUUUAUUUUUAAGUUUAUUUGAAUUAAAUUUAAUUAAAUUAAACUUUUAAUUUUUUUUUAAUUUUUAUUUUUUUAAAUUUAAUUUAAAUUUAAUUUAAUUUAAUUAAUUUUUAUUAUUUUUAAUUUUUAUUUUAUUUUAUUUUUAAGUUUAUUUAAUUUUUUAUUUAAUUUAAUUUAAUUUUUAAGUUUAUUUGAAUUAAAUUUAAUUAAAUUAAUUUUUUAUUUUUUUAAUUUUUAAUUUUUUUAAAUUUUUUUAUUUUAUUUAUUUUAUUAAUUUUAUUUAAUUUAAUUUUUUAAGUUUAUUUGAAUUAAAUUUAAUUAAAUUAAUUUUUUUAUUUUUAAUUUUUAAAAUUUAAUUUAAAUUAAAUUUAAUUAAUUUUUAAUUUUAUUUAAUUUUUUUAUUUUAUUUAAUUUUUUAUUUAAUUUAAUUUAAUUUUUAAGUUUAUUUGAAUGAAAUUUAAUUAAAUUAAUUUUUUAAUUUUUUUUAUUUUUAAUUUUUUUAAUUUAAUUUUAAUUUAAUUUAAUUUAAUCAAAAAAAAUUUGAUUAAUUUAAUUAAUUAAUUCACGUUUCUUACUUUGGUUUCUUUCCUUUUAUCAAUGAACCUCGUUUGUUUUUAUUCAUGAAUUCUAUUACUUUAGUGACUUUAAUUAAUUUAUUUGGAUUGCUUUGGUUUCUUUCCUUUUACCCCUGUUUUUUUUAUUAUUAUUAUUAUUACUAUUAUUACUAUUAUUAUUAUUAUUAUUAUUAUUAUUAUUAUUCUAACCCCAAUCUUGGCCCAAAAUUUCCCCAAAUGCUGUGAUUUGGCCAAUUUAUUAUUAUUAUUAUUGUUACUAUUAUUAUUACUUACUAUUAUUAUUAUAUUAUACACUUCCUGUUCUUAUUACUUUUAUUAUUAUUAUUAUUAUAUGCACUUCCUCUUCUUCUUCUUCUAAUUAUUAUUAAAUUAUAUUUCCCCCCAAAAUUUGCCCCCUACUGAGAAGACUGCCGCUUAAAUCUAUUAUUAUUAUUAUUAUUAUUAUUAUUAUUAUUAUUUACACUUCCUAUUAUUAUUAUAUUAUACACUUCCUGAUCUUAUUACUUUUAUUAUUAUUAUUAUUAUUUACACUUCCUCUUCUUAUAAUUAUUAUUAAAUUAUAUUUUCCCCCCAAAAUUUGCCCCCUACUGAGACCGCCGCUUAAAUUUUUUAUUAUUAUUAUUAUUAUUAUUAUUAUUAUUAUUAUUAUUAUACACUUCCUGUUAUUAUUACUUUUAUUAUUAUUAUUAUAUACACUUCUUCUUCUUAUAAUUAUUAUUAAAUUAUAUUUCUCCCGAAAAUUUGCCCCUUACUGAGAAGACCGUCGCUUAAAUUUAUUAUUAUUAUAUUAUAUCAUAUAUUCUAUUAUAAUUAUUUAUUAUUAUUAUUAUUAUUAUCAAAUUAUUCUAUUUUCUCCCGAAAAUUUGCCCCUUACUGAGAAGACCGCCGCUUAAAUUUAUUAUUAUUAUUAUUAUUAUUAUUAUUAUUAUUAUACACUUCCUGUUAUUAUUAUUAUUAUUAUUAUUAUUAUUAUUAUAUACACUUAUUCUUCUUCUUAUUAUUAUUAAAUUACAUUUCUCCCGAAAAUUUGCCCCUUACUGAGAAGACUGCCGCUAAAUUUAUUAUUAUUAUAUUAUAUCAUAUCAUAUUAUAUUAUAAUUUUUAUUAUUAUUAUUAUUAUUAUUAUUUUUAUUAUUAAAUUAUUCUAUUUCCCCAAAAUUUGCCCCCAAUUUUAGUUUCUUUAAUUUUAUUAAUGAAUCUGGUGGAUAUUUAUUAAUUCAUCGAAUUAAUUUCAUUAGUUUCUUUAUUUUUGUUAAUGAAUCUGAUGGAUUUCUAUUAAUGAAUGAUUAAUAUUAUUAAUGAAUGAAAUUUAUUCCUUUAUUUAAUUUUAUUAAUUGACUUUAUUGAUUUACUGAUUUUUAUCAAUUUAUUAUUAUUAUUAUUAUUAUUAUUAUUAUUAUUUAAUUAUUAUUAUUUAAUUAUUAUUAUUUAAUUAUUAUUAUUAUUAUUAUUAUUAAUUAUUAAUUAUUAUUAAAUAAAUAUAUUUAUCCCAAAAUCUUCCCCCAAAAGCCUCCAGCGAUUCCUGGCCGAUUUCCGAGAUCUCACCAGCUGGGUCACCGAAAUGAAGGCUUUGAUCAACGCUGACGAACUUGCUAACGAUGUUGCCGGGGCGGAAGCCCUUCUUGACCGUCAUCAGGAACACAAGGUUAAUAUUCUUUCGGCGUCAGCAAAUCAAUUUUAUUAA